AGCGGAUGUGAGCCGACGCAUUGGGGAAACGGCCCCUCGUCUCGCUCGCCGCCUCGAUGUUCCGCCCUGGUCUGAAUCAUACUGACGGGCGGCCGAGGAGAGAGGCUCCGCCCCUUUCAGUCUUCCCGGUCCGGGGGACGCGCGGACUCGUCGCAGAGUCAGCCCAAGUUGAGACGGCGCCAUGGUUGCCGGCGGCCUGCGCGACUUCCUGCGCUACGGCGGCGCGUGGCUCCUGCUGGCCAGCCUCCGCGAAGUGCCGGGAUGCCAACGGGUCCUCGAUCGGCGAGCCGGCGACGCGGUGGAGCUGCCGUCGUGCUUGCCGGGCCGAGACGUCACUUUCGCGCGCUGGCUCUACGGAGGCAGGACGGUGGCGUCCGCCGACGACGAAGACGGCGCUCGGGGGUCGGGCCGCUUCGCCGGCAGGCUGCGACUCGACCUCCGGAACUUCAGCCUGACGCUGGGCUCCGUCACCCCGGGGGACUCGGGCGUCUACAGCUUCGUGUCGGCCGUCAACGACAGCCAGCGGGAGACGGUGGAAGUCACGCUGCGAGUUCACGAGGCCAUCGUGGCGGAGCCCGUGGUGACCGUCAACGCCAGCCGGCGCGCCGGCAACCGCUCCUGCAGCGUCCUGCUCCGCUGCAGCGCCUCGGCCGGCGGCGGGCCGGUGGAGUACGAGUGGCGCGUGGGCAACCGAAGCCUGAGCGGCGCGUGGCGUCGACUCAGCGUGUCGCCGCGGGGCGCCGCCGCCGAGGUCACGUGCACCGUCUUCAACGCCGUGAGCGCCAAGUCCGUCUCCGCCUCCGUGUCCUGCGCCAACGACACCGCCAACGGCGCGUCGGCGAGAGAGCCGUCGAGCUUUGCGGUCGGCGCGGCGGCGGGAACUUUCGGUCUCCUCGUCAUGGCUGCCGGCAUCUUCGCGGCCUUCUUCCGCCGCAGAGCAAGCAGGACGCGCGAGGAGGCGACGCUCUACGCGGACAUUUGCGAGGUGACGGCGGCCGACGUGAGCGCGCGCGCCGCCGAGCCGCGCUCGCCGCCGGCCCCGGUGCAGACGCUCUACGACGUGAUCCAGCUGGGCCGCGCGGCCGCGGAAGGCCACGCCCCUUAAGGUGCCAUCUCGCGGUGCCAUCUCGCGGCCGCCGUUGGAGCAGCACCGCCAAGAAACGACAACGAGACGACGUUUCCUUUGACGGCAGUCGACCCGCUGGAUGCUCACCAUUGCGCACUUGCCCAUUCGCAUAUUGGCCCAUUUUGGGGGGGCUGCCCCCUCCCCGCCCCCCGCCCAUAUUUUGUGUAAAACAAAUGAUUGAUGUUUUACAGAUAAUAAAUUUGUUGUCAUAA